CAUUGUGCCUCGCGUGCGGCAAAGAUGUCCGCGACUAUACCUCGCUGACGUGCAUCUCUGAAGUCUCUGGAAAAUCUCCCACGCCUCGCCACCCGAUUUAUACACACUUCCUACCGAUUCUCAACCACAUGGGUCUGCGGGAUACCAUUCGAAAUCUACGGCCGGAGAGUCCCGGCCGGGACAAGGGCAGCAUCGAGCUGCAGCACCGAAGUCCGAGAGGUGCAUGCCAUCACAAUCAGGUGGCCGCCGUCCAGGUCACCGAACAGUCCUUACAGGUAUGGCGCGCACUGCCCGCAGAGAUUCGCCACGAUCCCAGCAUGGCCAGUUUUCAGAUGGAGAACGAAAGAAUCCAUGGUUCCUCCGCCGGCGCCAGCGACGACGAGGAUGAGGAUGAGGAGGCAUACGAGGAGGUAGAUAGGAAGAACGCCAGUGGCAUUCAGGACGAGCCCGGUUCCAGCUAUGCUGGCUCCGACUUCCUGGACAUCAAGACCAGGCCUGGUGAUGAGAAUGCCACCGACGAUGAGGCCACCACCCAUUCCGACCACGAACCGGCCAAUGGGCCGGGUAAUGCCAAAUCACAGGCCCGCCGGAUCCAUCACAAAUCCAGGCGUUCCAAGGAGCAAAGACAGCGGGACAAAUUGUGGAAACGCGGCGGAUUACUUGUCUUUUGGCUCCUGGCGGCAGUGGUGCUGAUAUCGGUGGGCGAAAAGCAUCUGCUGGAGAAAACCAUUGAUGUGCCCAUGGGCGAGCAGGGAAAGUUUUUCAAGCUGCGUCAAAAACCCACUGGUGACUUUCGCUUAAAGAUUCAUGGUGCUUUUAGAGAGCUCUCCACGCUGGAUGCCCCUGAAAAUGAGACUUUGAGCUUCGGAUUUCUGACUGUGCAGCCACAGGUGUCCACUUACAUUGGCGAGAAUCACAGCCAGGUGUUCCAGGAUAUACUUCCAGCCUGGCGGUUACCACUGCUCUCCCAGGACGAGCUGUUGCUACGUGCUCCGGCUGUGGCCACCAAUCGCACCUAUCAGAUGACCCAGGAGUUGAGUGGUUUUUUGGAGGAGAAGGACAGCGAAUUUCGCUUGCAUAUCUUUAGCGAUGUGGAGGCGGAUUUGGCCAUUGUUCUGAACUAUAAUCCCUUGAUAGUGAAUGCCAGGACAGGGAGCAUCCUGGCUGGCUUGAUCCUGCUGAUCUUCUACGCAUUGCUGGUUUGGGAACUGUUCGAAAGGACCUUUGUGGCCAUGAUAUGUUCUAUUCUUUCCGUGACAGCUCUAGCCUGUUUUAAUGAUCGUCCCAAUAUGGAUGAGAUUAUCCAGUGGAUGGACAUGGAGCUACUGACUCUACUCUUCUGCAUGAUGCUGCUCAUUUUGAUACUGACAGAAACUGGCGUAUUCGACUACCUGGCCGUAUUUUGUUUCGAGAUAUCGGGUGGCAAGAUUUGGCCCAUGAUAUACAGUCUUUGCUUGGUCACCUGCGUAGUGUCCAGUGUGCUGGACAACAUGACAACCGUGCUGCUCCUCACCCCAGUGGCAAUCCGAUUGUGCGAGGUAAUGCAGCUGGAUCCCCUGCCCGUGGUGAUGGGCAUUAUAGUGCAUGCCAAUAUCGGAGGCGCCCUGACACCCAUCGGAGAUCCCAUCAGCAUUAUAGUCAGCACCAAUCACUUUAUUGUGGAUAAUGAUGUAACUUUUCCCACAUUUGUGGCCCACACUUUCCCUGGUGUCAUUUUAGCAGUUAUUCAAAGUUGCGUGUAUCUGCGCCUCUUCUAUCACAAUAUCGAUGCACUGCGUCUCAAUGAGCCCAAGGAGAUGAGUGAGCUUCGGAGGGAGAUGAAGGUGUGGCAGAGAGCCCUCAAUGCAGUGGCCUCCUGUUCCAAGGAUGCCCAGCUGGUGAGGGGAACGCUUCAGGCUAAAAUUAAGCAGCUGAAAAGGACCCUUAGAAGGUUGCAAAAGGGUGUGGGAUCCUCGGAGGUCUAUACAAAUACGCUGGAUGAGCUCAAGCAGAAGUACCCCAUCAAAAACAAGACCCUUUUGUUGCAAUCCGCCGGAGCCCUGCUCUUCGUCAUUGUUUGCUUCUUCAUUCAAUCCGUGCCGCACUGGAGGACGUUGCCCCUGGGUUGGGUGGCCCUGCUGGGCGUGAUCCUGCUGCUGAUCAUCCUCAAUCGUGAUGACAUGGAGCAUCUGAUGCACCGCAUCGAGUGGACCACACUGCUCUUCUUUGCCGCCAUGUUCGUGAUGAUGGAGUGCGUGGAGAGAUUGGGAAUCUUCUCCUGCAUCAGUGAGCUCACCGAGCAUGUGAUCCUUUCGGUGGGGAAGAGUCUUCGUCUGGCCAUGGCCAUCUUUAUGAUAUUAUGGAUGUCGGCGCUGGCAUCCUCCAUAUUGGAUAGUAUUCCAGUGGCAGCCAUAAUGGUGAAGCUGGUGACCUCUCUGGUGGCCAAGCCAUCGCUGGGAUUGCCCCUCCAGCCACUAGUUUGGGCUCUGACCCUGGGCGCAUCGAUGGGUGGGAAUGGAACGCUCUAUGGCGCCUCAGCCAAUGUCAUAGCAGCCGGAAUUGCCGAGCAACAUGGCUAUAAGCUGUCCUUCACCCGAUAUUUGAGAACCGUUUUUCCCAUGAUGCUGGCACAGAUCACCCUGAUGACUGUCUAUCUACUGGUGGCCCAUGUGGUCUUUGAAUGGCAUUGAGACUCCCUAUUUAAUAUCCAUACUGAUUAAUAUAUUAUUGUAUCUAAUGAAUAAUGUUUUUCACUUCGAAUCUAAAAAGUUUAUUUUGUGUGAGUUCCACUGUAGUCCUCGUCCUUUUAUAUUCGCCUCUUGAUGUGUUUUAUGUGUUCUGGCAUAUAACGUAAGAAUAUCUAUAUUUAAGCGUUCAUUUGUGAUUAGCAAAUGUAUAAAAAUAUACCAUAAAUAUAAAGUGCAUAUGGUUUUCGUUCACCUCUAUAGAA